AUGGAUGGGAAAACAGAGCUUCGUAUGCUCUCUUAUGAAGCUUCUAAGAUUGGAGUAGUGCGUAGUUUGUGUGUUGAUCAGAGUGACAUGAUGCAGCAUUGCGUUCAAGUCUUGGAUCUUGGUAUAUUCCCCAGACCAGAAAUUGAUCUACCUAUUUUUUGUGCCAAUUUUUUCACCACUGCUAGCAUGAGCAUCAUUGUACUGGACCUUGACCUGUUACAUGAUGUCAUUAAUCAGAGGGAUUACAAAGAGAAGUACUAUAAGCACUUAAUUCCUCUUGGCCUGAAGUAUGCUGAGCUUUUACCUGGGGGUGUAAAGAUUACGAAUGAAUCUUUGAGAUUUUUCUCACUGACAGUUAACUAUAUGGACCAAACACAUAAACCCUAUCGUAGCCCAUUUCAGGUGAGGUUCGAGCUGAUGGACAAAGCAACAGAGAAGACCAGAGGCCCGCAAAUUAUGUGCAAUCUCGAAGCACAGCGUAGGUAUCCGACAUGGAGAGCAGAAAAGGAUCCAGGUUAUCAAGUUUUGACAAGACUAAUUGGGGAGACUCGUGCUAAGCAAUCUGAUUUGGGUUAUCGAGCAUCAUCUUUUAUAUUUCUUUAUGUAGUUGUUUUUGCAUUGUAA